AUGACCUUUGAAAACAACUUUUCCUCCAUCUUCGAAAACGCUCUUGACGUGACUCCAUAUUUCUUCUUCCAGAACGUUCCGCUCCCAGAACUUGGCGAAUUCGAUCUUUGCUCAUCUCUCCCCCUCUUUCAAGAAAACUACAUGGCCCCACAAGAAGACGCCAUUGACACCCUUAUCCGUCAACUUCGCGAGCUUCGAGUCCGCCUUGGCUUUACCCAGACAGAACUUUCCGACAGCAUCACCGCUCUUUGCGGCAGAAAAAUUUCGCAAACAACGAUUUGCCGAUUCGAGGGACGAAUGCUGACCGCGCGCAAUAUGCGAAAACUUGCGCCGACUUUUGAAGAGUGGAUUCGACUGGCAAAAAUGAGCCGGAACGAGUUCGUUGGGCGGCGCAAAAUUGCAAACGAAGCCCUAGACAACGAUGUGGGUCUUCUGGCUCGAGCUCGGCGGGAUCUUCUUCCUCUCCUUACUGACUCCUUCAAACAUUUUUUCAUCAAUAUUACAGAAAUAAAAUAA